AUGUCGGUAGAUGCAGGUAACGCUAGCCAAGGCAGAGUCUCCCCUGGUGCCCCCCCUUUGGAUGCCCUCGACAUCCGCGCAGACGGUGACGUGGUGGAGGGCGCCGACAGCAGCAUGCCUAGUAGUAGUGUUUCCAAAUUAGAGUCGUCUGCGGUGCUUCCCAUGACCGGUCCUUCCUCGCACACGGCCCUCCACGGUCCGGAGACGGCCACACCAGGCGUGUCCACCGCGUGCGUCCUCGGCCCCGGCAGGUCCCCGCGCGGCACGCAAGCGUCGUCCUUAGUGCAGGAAAGCGUGAGUGUGAUUGUGCGGUUGAAAGGCGCGCCAACGCUCGCGCAGGUCAGCGCAGGUGCCAGCGAGAACCUCACCUCGCCUGCCACGCUCACCUCCUCGCUGCGAUCCGGGCUGCUGCUCGACUACAGCGUGGAGGAUGGCACACUGCGGUCGCCGCGGACGGGCCGCCGACCACCUUCGCGCAGCGGCGGUGCUCUCACCCCUCAACCGCACCUCGACAGUUCUCCUUGCGGUGAUGAAGUGUGGAACCCGCCGCCGCCGCAGCAGCAAGGGCAGUCCGCUGCACAGAGAUCUCCGCUGCUGCAAAUGGAAGGAUACAAUGGGGCGGCAGCAGUGACCUCACCCUCGGCUUCGUCUACGCCCGCCAUCGCCGUGACGUUGCCGCAGGCCUUCACCACGGCAUCCGCCACCGCAACGCCGCAUACGCAGGCGCUGACGGAUGCUCCUCGCUCGAGCCCGACGAGUGCGGCGGGGGCCUCACCCGCCUCUGACGCCGCGAAAGCGGGUUUCCCGAGCAAUCCGCAGCCGUCGCGUGGCGGCAGCAGCUGCAUUGGAUGCCGCGGCAAACUCCUGACAAUCCGUUCUCCCUCCACGAACGACUUUCGACAGUACGAGUUUGGCGAAGUCCUCGCGCCAGACGUGACGAACGCCGCUGUGUGCGAGCGUCUUCUUCCUGCGAUCAUGGAGCAGCUCAACGCGGGCUACAACGUGUGUGUGCUGUGCUACGGGCAGACGGGCAGCGGGAAGACGUACACGAUGAACGCGCUCGGACCGGCGGUCGCGCAGGAGGUGUUUCGCACCCGUGACGUGCACAACGAGGUGGUUGAGAUGAGUUACAUUCAGAUCUACAACAACAAGGCGUACAACUUGCUGGACGGCCCGCGUGCGGGGAAGUUCGGCGCGCAGCUGUCAAAGCCGCUGCAGACGGCGAUGAUGUCAAUGGAGAGCAGCAGCGGCACACACUCCACCGCCGCAUUAGCGGGCGGUGCCGCGAACGGUGCCUUCGAGCCGAAGGUACUGGUGCGCAGCGCGGCAGAGGUGCUGACACGGAUGAAGGCGGCGUCACGCAUGCGGGUCACACAAGCGCACGCACUCAACCCCCGCAGCUCACGCUCCUUCACGCUGCUGACGCUGCACAUCACGCGCUUCUUAGACGGCGCGCCACUUACCACAACGCGUGUCACGCUCGCGGAUCUGGCCGGCACGGAGCGCAUCAAGAAGAGCGGGGCGGCCGGCGAGCGUCAAAGCCAGGCCAUUUUUAUUAAUGUGUCCCUCAUGGCGCUGCGGGAGCUGGUCGAGUCCGGCAGCACAGAGACGGAGGUGCUGCACUACCGCGAUGCGCUUCUCACGACCUACUUGGCGCCUCGCAUGCGCAGCUGGCAUCUCUUUCUUGUCGUGACCGCGUCACUAGAGGCGAACAGCUACGAGGAGACGAAGUCGUCGCUCGACUUUGCCACCAACGCACGUCGGCGCAAGGUGAAGAAGCUCAAGUCCCGCACUGCCGAUCGUCUCUCUGGCCUCUCGUUGCGACUUUACGGUAAUUCGGUGCUGGGCAGCUCCGGCUACGGGCGUGCAAGUGCCGACGUGGCGGAGUUGCAGGCCGUUGUCGAGGCCCUGCAAUACCGCAUUAGCAUCCUGGAGGAGUCCUUAAAGGUAGCGCAGCUGCAACGCGCUGCUCUGACGCAGUGGUGCACGCCUCUUGUCUCCCCCCGUUCGAACGACGAUCUUCAGCUCCGCAGCGACGACCAGGAAGACAGCGAGGAGGACCGCACCCGCACUAGCCUGGACCAGCUGCGGCAGUCGGAGACGCAGAUCUGCCAACUUCGGCAGGAGUGUUCGCACUACCGCCAGCUCCUGAGCGAGCGCGAGGAUGAGCUGCGCAGUGUGCAGAUGCUAGUCUCACCACAGGGUGUGGCAACACGCCCUCCUUCCGCCGAGCAGGAGCUGGCCGGCUCGCUCCUAUCGAACUCACUAACGGGGUCUUGCAACCACCGCUCCAGCAGUGACGCGAACCAAGACGAUCCCCUCCCCCGCCAUCAUCUCUCUUCUCAGUUGGACAGCGGUAUCACGGUGGAAAGGCCCACGGGACAGCCGCCACAGCAGCAAACACAGCUCUUCUCCCCCGCCUCCUCUCUCUCCGCGUCCGCCACAAGCAGGGAUGCGCUGGCUGCCUCCGUGGCACCAACCGCUGCCCCUGGCGAUGACCAACUCGCAGCGACUUCCACUGAAGAGGAGAGCGAUGAUGCACACCAGCAGUUAAUACGGAGCGUUCUUCAACUGAGCGCGGGAGCACUCGCGGGCGCAGGGCCGAACUCCGCGUGGGAGCAUCUGCACGACGUUGCACUGCGCGCCAAGGAGCAGGGCGACGACGUGCGAGAGCGUCUGCUGGUCGUGACGAGCACCUUGGGCGGCCUGCGCGCGCACAACCAUGAACUGAACGGUGACCUUCUCAAAGCGAACCGGGCGCUGGUGGCACAGGAUGAAAGGCACAAGCGGUCGCAAGAGGCGCUGGAGCGUGCGCGGGUGCGAGCGAGGGCAGCCGAGGCAGCCGUCGAUCAGCUGCGGCUGAAGCUCUUCCGCGCGUACGCCGAGCAGUCCAUCGGCGAGGAGCUCACCCGUCUCUACCUUGACGCGCAGCAGCCGACGGCGGAGGCGCUGGACACGCUGUCCGGCUCGCAGCUGGCCGAGCACCGAGAGGAGAUGGAGAAGUUCGAGACGCACCAACGCGCCCUGCAGGACAAAAUUACGGAGUUGGUGAAUGCGGUGGAGCAGCUCACGCGUGCCGGGUCGCAAAAGGACGUCUCGCUCGCGGCGUUGGAGUCUAUCAUCACCCCGGCGCAGCGGACGCUCUUUCAGACCAUGUCCAGCGUUCGCAGCGACAGCGCCGACAUCGCACGGCAGAUCGUCGCGGUGGCCGGCGAGGCAAACGGCGAGGAGAGCGCCGCAGACUGCUUUAGUCUUCUGCAGUCCCGUGUAUCGGAGCUGGAGUCGUUGCUGCAGCAGGAGCGGCAGCAGCAUCAGCUCACCCGUUGCGAGGUCGUCGAGGCCCGCGAGGAUGCGCGACGCAGCAGGCAGGAGCAGCGCCAGGCAUUCUUCCAGCAGCAGGAGGAGGAGCGUCGGGUGAGGCAGCUGACGGCGGAGAACUUCGAUCUGCAACGACAGAGGGAGCGGCAUCAGCUUUACUUGGAUCAGAUCCACGUGCACUUUCAGGAGCAGCUGCUGGAGCUGCGGCGCUACCACGUCGCGGAGAUGGCCGAGCAACGCUGGCUGCUGAAGGAGACACAACAGCAGGCUGCCCGCGCACCCACCCCACCGGAGAACUGGAAGGCGGGCGUGGCGGGGGAGCCGGCAGGGGCCGAAGCGCAGGACGACAGUGACGCCGGCGGGUUCGGUCAGUCCGCCACCCGCCGCGACACCCCGCCCGUCCCGCCCCACGCCAGCGGCAACUCGGCGGCCGAGGACGUCGCACGCGGGUGGGCCGGGCCGCCAAGUCCAGGCACCAGUGCGGCCACUGACGAGUACCAUCACAACAGCUCCUCCUCGCUGGCCGUGCCCCGCCCGGCUCCCUCACCCAAAGCAAACCACAACGGCAGCACCGUCCCCCGCGACGCAUCUCUCGGCAUGAAUGGCAAACACAGCAGAGGAGGGAAGAAGGGACACCCAAGGAAAUCAAAGGAGAGGGCGACCGGGGCGCGCAGAGGCGGAGGCGCGGCGCCGGCUCGCCGCACGUCCGCCCCCGCCCCCGCCAUCAACGGAAAUCUGCGGCCGUCCGCCGAUUUAAACUCGACGCAGCCUCCGAAGCAGACGUCGCGCCGCUCAGCGGACAAGACGUAG